AUGCCCUCCGACUACCGAUACGAGCGAAUCCCGACAAGCGAUGAGAAGCGUAGGGUCCCCCGACAGGAACCUACGAGCGAUGACCCCCGCUUCAAUCCGCCGACGCCCUCGCCCUGGAAACGGUUCGCGCUGGUCCUGUUCCUCGUCUUCCUACUCUAUGUUGGCCUCAAGCUCCGCGUGAACGCCAUCAAGAACCUCGAGCCCGAGCCAAGCGUCGUCCAUGCGACCAGGUACUCGAAGGACUACAAGUACCGGCCUGCGGCGAGCCCCAUCAUCACGGAGAGGCUGAAAGAUGGUCGGACGCGGGUGCGGGGCGCUGCUCCUACCGCUAGGCGGUGA